CUUCUUCCUCUUUGACCAUCAUAACUCGGACCCAACUCUUUCUUCCCUGCUUCCUUCAUCAUCCUUCCUAUCUGCUUCACUCUUUCCUCUUCAAUGGAUUACAUUAUUACAAUUUCUCUCACAACUAUAUAUAAUGCAAGUUCAUCUACUUCUCUUGAAUCUUAAUGAUUGAUUUUGGCCUUGAAAUUAAGAAAUAGAGAGAGAAAUAAAGUUACAGUCUUUUGACAAAAUCAAGAUCAUGGGUGCUUGUUUUUCAGCCACCAAGAUCACUGGUUCAAACAGCAACAACCACAGGAAAGAAGAAGUGAAGCCGGCGCCGGAGAAUAAGAAGAAGAAAUCAGAUCAGGGCAAGUCAAGGAAACCAACACUUAACAUAAUCCCUUGUGGGAAAACAACGGAUUUCGGUUAUUUUAAGGACUUUGAUGACAAGUAUGUUCUUGGUAAAUUGUUGGGACAUGGACAAUUUGGGUAUACUUAUGUUGCUCAAGAUAAAUCCAAUGGAGAUCGUGUUGCAGUGAAGAGAAUUGAUAAGAGAAAGAUGAUUCUUCCUGUUGCGGUUGAAGAUGUUAAGAGAGAAGUGAGAAUAUUGAAAGCAUUGACUGGACAUGAAAAUGUGGUUCAAUUCUAUAACGCAUUUGAAGAUGAUAAUUAUGUUUAUAUUGCCAUGGAGCUAUGUGAGGGUGGUGAAUUGUUGGACAGGAUUUUAGCCAAGAAAGAUAGUCGAUAUUCGGAAAAAGAUGCGGCGGUUGUUGUUCGACAGAUGGUUAAGGUUGCUGCCCAAUGCCACUUGCUUGGUUUGGUUCAUAGAGACAUGAAACCAGAGAAUUUUCUCUUCGUAUCUUCAAAAGUGGAUUCACCUCUAAAGGCAACAGAUUUCGGUCUUUCCGACGUCAUUAGACCAGGAAAGAAAUUUCGCGACAUUGUGGGUAGUGCUUAUUACGUUGCUCCGGAGGUUCUAAAACGAAAAUCGGGGCCUGAAUCCGAUGUUUGGAGUAUCGGAGUCAUCACAUAUAUAUUGUUGAGUGGGAAGAGACCUUUUUGGGAUAAAACAGAAGAUGGUAUAUUUAAGGAGGUCUUGAGAAACAAGCCAGACUUUCGACGUAAACCAUGGCCGUCAAUAAGCAACGAUGCAAAAGAUUUCGUUCAAAAGCUGCUCGUGAAAGAUCCUCGGGCAAGACUAACCGCGGCUCAAGCCUUGUCACAUCCAUGGGUUAGAGAAGGCGGGAACGCUUCUGAGAUUCCUCUCGAUAUCUUGGUUCUAUCAAAUAUGCGCCAAUUUGUGAAGUACAGCCGUUUAAAGCAAUUUGCUCUUCGGUCUUUAGCUACUACACUUGAUGAAGAGGAGAUGGCUGAUCUUAAAGAUCAAUUUGAUGCAAUUGAUGUUGAUAAGAAUGGAUCUAUAAGCCUCGAAGAAAUGCGCCAGGCACUUGCAAAAGAUCUUCCUUGGAGGCUAAAAGAAUCGAAAGUUCACGAGAUUCUACAAGCGAUCGAUAGCAACACAGAUGGACUAGUUGAUUUUAAGGAGUUUGUUGCUGCCACUCUUCAUGUUCACCAAAUGGAAGAACACAGCUUGGAGAAAUGGGAGAAGAGGUCGCAGGCUGCGUUCAAUAAAUUCGACAUGGAUGGAGACGGAUACAUUACGUCCGAAGAACUUAGAGUGCACACUGGACUAAAAGGGUCGAUAGACCCACUUCUUGAUGAAGCUGAUAUAGACAAAGAUGGGAAAAUAAGUCUGUUGGAGUUUCGACGACUUCUAAGAAACGCAAGCAUGAGUUCAACAAUAAACAUGAAAACAGCAGUUCCUCAAAAGGAACCGGAAAUUACACCCUUGGGAAAGACAGACCAGAAUGGAAAUCCAUGACAAAAUGCAAUCUUUUUGUCAAAGGAAAAGCUUGUAAAAUAAGAGAAUCGUGACAAGUGCUGCUUAUAUAUAUUUUGCAAAAGAAAGAAUGUUAUGUCAUUCAAUAAAUUUUUAAGUACCACAGACUUAUCUUAAUAAAUAAAUCUCAUUUUAGCAACAUUUUCACAA